UUUCUUGAAUGAAUGAAAACAUGAGCCGAAGACAGGACAGAUGCUGCAAAGUAGUGGACCCCAAUCUAGGCUCCUAUACGCAGUUACUCAACUCCUAUCUGAUUAGAGAGGUGGGCAAUAUUAUUCCCACUUUUCAGAUGAGGAAACUGAGGCUCCUGGAGGAACUAGUGACUUGCUCAAGUCUGCGACCGGCGGCAGCGGCUGCAGCAACGGAUCCCGGAAUAUGGCGGCGGCGGCGCGCUGCUUCGGGCCGGAGCGAGAGGCCGAGCCAGUCAAGGAGGCGCGCGUCGUGGGCUCCGAGCUCGUGGACACGUAUACGGUGUGCAGGGGGCGCGAGCGCCAUAACUAGGGGUAGCGACUGGAACCCGAAGUCCGAGUCGAGAGGAUUGGGGGGUAUCUGGGCCCCGCCACCGGUUUACAUCAUCCAGGUCACUGUUGGCAGCCAUGAAUGGACAGUCAAGCACCGCUACAGCGAUUUCUAUGAUCUGCACGAAAAGCUGGUUGCAGAAAGGAAAAUUGAUAAAAACCUACUUCCGCCCAAAAAGAUAAUUGGGAAAAACUCGAGAAGCUUGGUGGAGAAGAGAGAGAAGGAUCUGGAGAUCUACCUGCAGACGCUCCUGGCCACCUUCCCUGGUGUGGCCCCCAGCGUGCUGGCCCACUUCUUACAUUUUCAUUUCUAUGAGAUAAAUGGCAUCACCGCAGCACUGGCUGAAGAGCUCUUUGAAAAAGGAGAACAGCUCCUGGGGGCCGGAGAGGUCUUUGCCAUCGGGCCCCUACAGCUCUAUGCGGUCACCGAGCAGCUACAGCAGGGAAAGCCCACGUGUGCCAGUGGGGACGCCAAGACUGACCUGGGGCACAUCCUGGACUUCACCUGUCGCCUUAAGUACCUUAAGGUUUCUGGCACAGAAGGACCUUUUGGGACUAGCAACAUUCAAGAGCAGCUCCUGCCUUUUGAUCUGUCAAUAUUCAAGUCUCUUCAUCAGGUGGAGAUAAGUCACUGUGGUGCCAGGCACAUACGGGGGCUAGUUGCGUCGAAGCCCACCUUAGCCACAAUGAGCGUCCGCUACUCCGCAACCUCUAUGAAGGAAGUCCUUGUUCCCGAAGCCUCGGAAUUUGAUGAGUGGGAGCCAGAAGGCACGGCCCUGGAAGGCCCUGUGACUGCUGUCAUCCCCACAUGGCAAGCACUGACUACUCUAGACCUGAGCCACAACAGCAUCUCCAACAUCGACGAGUCUGUGAAACUGAUUCCAAAGAUUGAGUUCCUGGACCUGAGUCACAAUGGAGUGCUGGUCGUGGACAACCUGCAGCACCUGUACAACCUCGUGCACCUGGACCUAUCCUACAACAAGCUCUCCUCCUUGGAAGGGGUUCACACCAAACUGGGGAACAUCAAGACCCUGAACCUGGCGGGCAAUCUCCUGGAGAGUCUGAGUGGCCUGCAUAAGCUCUAUUCCCUGGUCAACCUGGAUCUCCGUGACAACAGGAUCGAGCAGAUGGAGGAGGUCAAGAGCAUUGGCAGCCUCCCGUGUCUGGAGCACGUGGCUCUACUGAACAACCCUCUGAGCAUCAUUCCUGACUACCGGACCAAGGUGCUAGCUCAGUUUGGAGAGAGGGCCUCCGAGGUCUGUCUGGACAACACGGCAACCACAGAGAAGGAGCUGGACACCGUGGAAGUGCUAAAAGCAAUUCAGAAAGCCAAGGAGGUCAAGUCAAAGUUGAACAACCCAGAGAAGAAGAUCGGUGAGGAUUCCCGGCUCUCAGCUGCCUCCUGUGUCCGGCCCAGUGGCUCCCCUCCCAGCGUGGCUCCCACCUCUGCCUCCCUGCCCCAGCCCAUCCUCUCCAAUCAAGGAAUCAUGUUCGUGCAAGAGGAGGCCCUGGCCAGCAGCCUCUCAUCCACCGACAGUCUGACUCCUGAAGACCGGCCCAUUGCCCGGGGAUGCUCUGAUUCCUUAGAGUCCAUCCCUGCAGGACAGGCACCUUCUGAUGAUUUACGGGACGUGCCAGGAGCUGUUGGUGGUGUGAGCCUGGAGCAUGCAGAGCCGGAGGUCCAGGUGGUGCCUGGGUCCGGCCAGAUCAUCUUCCUGCCCUUCACCUGUAUUGGCUACACGGCCACCAACCAGGACUUCAUCCAGCGCCUGAGCACACUCAUCCGGCAGGCCAUUGAGCGACAGCUGCCUGCCUGGAUUGAGGCUGCCAACCAGCGGGAGGAGGGCCAGGGCGAGCAGGGCGAGGAUGAGGACGAUGAGGAGGAUGUUGCUGAGAACCGCUACUUUGAAAUGGGGCCCCCGGAUGUGGAGGAAGAGGAAGAAGGUGGCCAGGGGGAGGAAGAGGAGGAGGAGGAGGAGGAGGAGGAGGGCGAGGAGGAGCGCCUGGCUCUGGAGUGGGCCCUGGGUGCAGACGAGGACUUUCUGCUGGAGCACAUCCGCAUCCUCAAGGUGCUCUGGUGCUUCCUGAUCCACGUGCAGGGUAGCAUCCGCCAGUUCGCCGCCUGCCUUGUGCUCACCGAUUUUGGCAUCGCCGUCUUCGAGAUCCCACACCAGGAGUCGCGGGGCAGCAGCCAGCAUAUCCUCUCGUCCCUGCGCUUCGUCUUCUGCUUCCCCCACGGUGAUCUCACAGAGUUCGGCUUCCUCAUGCCGGAGCUCUGCCUGGUGCUCAAGGUGCGGCACAGCGAGAACACGCUGUUCAUCAUCUCGGAUGCCACCAACCUGCACGAGUUCCACGCUGACCUGCGCUCGUGCUUCGCCCCACAGCACAUGGCCAUGCUGUGCAGCCCCGUGCUCUAUGGCAGCCACACCAGCCUGCAGGAGUUCCUCCGCCAGCUGCUCACCUUCUACAAGGUGGCGGGUGGCGGCCAGGAGCACAGCCAGGGCUGCUUCCCCGUCUACCUGGUCUACAGCGACAAGCGCAUGGUACAGACGGCCGCUGGGGACUACUCGGGCAACAUCGAGUGGGCCAGCUGCACGCUCUGCUCAGCUGUGCGGCGCUCCUGCUGCGCACCCUCCGAGGCCGUCAAAUCGGCUGCCAUCCCCUACUGGCUGCUGCUCACGCCCCAGCACCUCAACGUCAUCAAGGCCGACUUCAACCCCAUGCCCAACCGCGGCACCCACAACUGUCGCAACCGCAACAGCUUCAAGCUCAGCCGCGUGCCACUAUCCACGGUGCUGCUGGACCCCACACGCAGCUGCACCCAGCCGCGGGGUGCCUUCGCAGAUGGCCAUGUGCUUGAGCUGCUCGUGGGCUACCGCUUUGUCACUGCCAUCUUUGUGCUGCCCCAUGAGAAGUUCCACUUCCUGCGUAUCUACAACCAGCUGCGGGCCUCGCUGCAGGACCUAAAGACCGUGGUCAUCGCCAAGAGCCCUGCGACCGGGGCCCCGUCCCAGAGGCCCCUCGUGGAUGGCCAGCCUGCCGAGGGCAGGGCCAGCAAUGACCAGCGUUCCCAGGAGGUCCUGGUGGAGGCUCCAGCCCCGGACCCGGUGGAGGCGCCAGCUUUGGCCCUAGCCUCGGUGGAGGUCCCAGCUCCGUCCCCGGCAGAGGCCUCAGACCCUGCGAAGACCCCAGGUCCAGUGGAGGCCUCGCUUCCAGCUGCGGUCCCAGCAGAGGCCUCGGGCUCAGAGGAGUCCCCAGUGGAGACCCCAGCCCCGACCCCAGCUGCCCCGGCCCCAGCAGAGCCUCUGGUACCAGCGGAGGCCCCUGCUCAGUACCCAAGCGAGCAGCUGAUCCGAUCCACUUCCGAGGAGAAUCAGAUUCCGUCCCACCUGCCCGCCUGCCCAUCGCUCCGUCACAUCGCUAGCCUGCAGGGGAGCGCCAUCAUCGAGCUCUUUCACAGCAGCAUUGCCGAGGUUGAAAACGAGGAGCUGAGGCACCUCAUGUGGUGCUCAGUGGUGUUCUACCAGACCCCGGGGCUGGAGGUGACCGCCUGCGUGCUGCUCUCCACCAAGGCUGUGUACUUCGUGCUGCACGAUGGCCUCCGCCGCUACUUCUCAGAGCCACUACAGGAUUUCUGGCAUCAGAAGAACACGGACUACAACAACAGUCCCUUCCACAUCUCCCAGUGCUUUGUUUUAAAGCUUAGCGACUUGCAGGCAGUCAACGUUGGACUUUUCGACCAGUAUUUCCGGCUGACGGGCUCCUCUCCGGUGCAGGUGGUUACAUGCUUGACACGGGACAGCUACCUGACACACUGCUUCCUCCAGCACCUCAUGGCCGUGCUCUCCUCCCUAGAGCGCACACCCUCCCCUGAACCUGUCGAUAAGGACUUCUACUCUGAGUUUGGGAACAAGACCACAGGGAAGAUGGAAAACUACGAGCUGAUCCACUCGAGCCGCGUCAAAUUCACCUACCCCAGUGAAGAGGAGAUUGGGGACCUGACUUUCACUGUGGCCCAGAAGAUGGCUGACCCAGAGAAGGCGCCAGCCCUCAGCAUCCUGCUGUAUGUGCAGGCGUUCCAGGUGGGCACGCCGCCCCCUGGGCGCUGCAGGGGCAUGCUGCGCCCCAAAACGCUCCUGCUCACCAGUGCUGAGAUCUUUCUCCUGGACGAGGACUUUGUCCACUACCCAUUGCCUGAGUUCGCCAAAGAGCCGCCACAGAGAGACCGGUACCGGCUGGACGACGGCCGCCGUGUCCGAGACCUGGACCGCGUGCUCAUGGGCUACCAGACCUACCCACAGGCCCUCACCCUCAUCUUUGACGAUGUUCAGGGCCGUGACCUCAUGGGCAGCGUCACCCCGGACCACUUCGGGGAAGUAGCAGACGGCCCUGCCAGCAGCAGCCAGGGCCGUGAGGUCCAGUGGCAGGUGUUUGUCCCCAGCGCUGAGAGCCGCGAGAAGCUCAUCUCGCUGCUGGCUCGCCAGUGGGAGGCCCUGUGUGGCCGUGAGCUGCCCGUCGAGCUCACUGGCUAGCCCGGACCACAGCUGGCUCCUGCUGCCUGCCAUGCCCACCCUGGCAUCCACUCAGGGCGGGAAGCAGGCUCUCUUUGUCAUUUUUAAAGCGUUUUCUCCUCCCUUUUGGGUACCUUCAUUUGACUGUCCUCAGAGAAUGUGAACAUAGGUGUUCAGUUACUUCUUUCCAGUACUGGGAGUGAAAGCGCCGGCACCCUCCAGGACCUCCAUGUGCCACCAGCCUCCUGUGGUCUGUUGCCUGCCCUGGUGCGGUGUGGCCAGCAUUCUAGUGUCGUGUCUUCUGUCGUGGGACUGUUAUUAACAUGUGGCACCAUGGGUCCGAUUUAUUCUUCUUUGUGUCCUUUCCUGAAAUGUCCAGUCACGUGCUGUCAUUGUGCUGUUUGCUGCUAAUCGUGAAGCUGGUAGCAAAAUACAUGUUGGAAGCUCCCGCCCCGUGCAGUUUUCCAAAGUGGAGGCCUCUGCUGGUCCAGACAAGUGGGAAAGCCCCAUGGGGGCAGGAGUCCCCAGGCCUUGGGCUGAGAGGGAUGGGGACAGGGAACCUAGAGCUACCAGCACCGAGUGUGAUUCCUGUUGCCUGUUUUCUCUACUCCAAUAAAGCAGAGUUUGACACAG